UCACAGUCCACGCACAGGCAUGAUGGCGGCCUUCAGUGUGGCUCGUAGCAGUUGCGGGCUGUUCAGCGGUUUGAGGGUCUCCUUCAGGAGUUUAGCGCACAUCAAAUAUGGCGCAGCAGCUGCAGCGGCGGCCUCACCACAGACCCCUCUCCCGCCGGACUGUCGCCGGUACUCGGUCAGCCACCUGUCCGUGAGGGAGAGGAUCGAACAGAAACGGAAGGCGGCGCUGAUCGGGGGAGGUCAGAAGAGAAUAGAUGCACAACACAAGAGGGGCAAGCUGACAGCCAGGGAACGAGUGGAGCUCCUGCUGGACGCAGAGUCGUUCGUGGAGACGGACAUGUUUGUGGAACACCGCUGCUCUGACUUUGGCAUGGAGCAGGACAGCAACAAGUUUCCUGGCGACAGCGUCGUGACGGGCCGCGGCAGGAUCAACGGCAGGCUGGUGUACGUGUUCAGCCAGGUACUGACGGCGGGCCUUCGAGCAGAAAGCGGCGGACGCGUUCCACGCUCUGUGAUUUACACCCUCUCUGCUUUGUUUCAGGACUUCACCGUGUUCGGGGGCAGCUUGUCUGGAGCUCAUGCACAGAAGAUCUGCAAGGUCAUGGAUCAGGCCAUGACGGUCGGGGCUCCUGUGAUCGGACUGAACGACUCUGGAGGAGCUCGGAUCCAGGAGGGCGUGGAGUCCCUGGCCGGAUAUGCCGACAUAUUUCUGAGGAACGUUUUGGCUUCAGGAGUCGUCCCUCAGAUCUCCCUCAUCAUGGGCCCCUGUGCAGGAGGGGCCGUGUACUCCCCGGCCCUCACAGAUUUCACCUUCAUGGUCAAGGACACGUCGUACCUGUUCAUCACGGGGCCCGACGUGGUGAAGUCCGUGACCAACGAAGACGUGACGCAGGAGGAGCUCGGUGGGGCCAAGACUCACACCACCGUUUCUGGUGUGGCUCACCGCGCUUUUGAGAACGACGUGGAGGCUUUGCUGAACCUACGCGAGUUCUUCAACUUCCUUCCACUGAGUAAUCAGGAUCCAGCGCCCGUCAGGGAAUGCCACGACCCCAGUGACCGUCUGGUGAAAUCGUUAGACACCAUCGUCCCGUUUGAGUCAACGAAAGCCUACGACAUGUUGGACAUCAUCCACGCAAUAGUGGACGAGAGGGACUUCUUCGAGAUCAUGCCCAACUACGCCAAGAACAUCGUGGUCGGAUUUGCCAGAAUGAACGGCCGCACGGUGGGGAUUGUGGGCAAUCAGCCCAAAGUGGCUUCUGGCUGUUUGGACAUCAACUCCUCGGUGAAAGGAGCCCGCUUUGUUCGCUUCUGCGACGCCUUCAACAUUCCCAUCAUCACGUUCGUGGACGUGCCCGGGUUUCUGCCAGGUACGGCUCAGGAGUACGGAGGCAUCAUCAGACACGGGGCCAAGCUGCUGUACGCCUACGCGGAGGCCACGGUGCCUAAAAUAACCGUCAUCACCAGAAAGGCUUACGGAGGAGCCUACGAUGUAAUGAGCUCCAAGCACUUAAGGGGAGACGUGAAUUACGCCUGGCCAACGGCUGAAGUUGCCGUCAUGGGUGCCAAGGGUGCCGUUCAGAUCAUCUUCAGAGGAAAGGAAAACCAGGCGGAGGCGGAGGCUGAAUACGUGGAGAAGUUUGCCAACCCCUUCCCGGCCGCCGUCAGAGGCUUCGUCGACGACAUCAUCGAGCCCUCGACCACCCGCAGGAAGAUCUGCAGCGACCUGGAGGUGCUGGCCAGCAAGAAGCAGGUCAAUCCGUGGAAGAAGCACGCCAACAUUCCUCUGUGAAUCCCUCCCAGCCGGGCUGCCCAGCGGCAUUAUGGGAAAACGGCUGUCCUGUCUGCGUUUAGAUGAACUGUAGGGGUUCCCUAAGAAGCCUGCUAAGCAGACUGUGCGUGUACCACUCCACUGAAAGCAUCAAGAUACCGUCUCUUCCCUUCGUUCGGUUACUUUUUAUCUCACUCACCUUUGGAUUUGGUGCCACCUUUGUGACUAAAAAUCAGGAAGUUAUUGAUAUUCAAGGUUUGGAUCAAUUAAACCCAUCGAACAAUUAAAUGAAUCACAUGAAAGUCACGUCAGCAGGAGCCAUAUGGGCCAUCAUCAACUUUUUAUUUUGUUUUACAAAACUGUACCCAGAGACGAUGUCAGCUUUAGCAAUAAAUAUGAAAACUGUUUUCUUGUCCACUACAGUGUUUGUGUCAAUGUACUGUAUUUAGUUUGGUUUUUCUUUGAAAAUCCACGGACGAUUGUUUCAUUUAUGCCAUCAAAGUCCAAACUGUGCCUUCUCUCUCUCUGGCGCCCUCUGUAAAAUAAAUCAUUUACCAAUA